AUCUUCUGGUGGAACCCAACCCGCACUUUUCAUUUUUCAGACCAACAAACCCUCAUCUCUGGGAACUCCCACACCAGGAAGCCCAACGUUUUUCACUUUCUCUUUACUUCGUACCGGUUAAUGCCUGCACUAUAAAGAUUAAGUAAUCAGGCUUUAUUUAUUUAUUUUUGGUGAAUAGAAAUAAACCUGGGAAGGAGCUGAGAUGAAUUCUCUGACCGUGAAACCCUCUUCGUUUGUGUUGCAAUCUUCUUCCACAGUCCUCUCAUCGUGCAAGCCAAAACAAUGUCUUCCUUCAGUUAGCUUCCCAAGAAAGAUUAAGAGCGGGAGAAGAUUGGGUUUGAGAUUUGAAGCUUAUGAUUCUUCCAAAAGCGACGAGCCUUCUAAGUCCAGCGGUGAUUCCAAGCCUACUAACGGCACUCUGCAGCCGAAAAACAGGAGAGAUAUUCUAUUGGAGUACGUGAAAAAUGUGCAGCCGGAGUUCAUGGAGUUGUUCGUGAAACGGGCGCCGCAGCAGGUCGUUGAGGCAAUGCGGCAAACGGUGACAAAUAUGAUUGGAACCCUGCCCCCGCAAUUUUUUGCCGUGACAGUCACCACUGUUGCUGAAAAUCUUGCACAACUCAUGUACAGUGUUAUGAUGACUGGAUAUAUGUUUAGGAAUGCGCAAUACCGAUUGGAAUUGCAACAAAGUAUAGAGCAGGCUGCUCUUCCUGAGGUCCAAGAAGAAAAGGAUGUUCCAGAUUAUGCACCUGGUACACAAAAGAAUGUGUCUGGUGAAGUUAUUAGGUGGAAUAAUGUUUCUGGCCCGGAGAAAAUAGAUGCUAAAAAGUACAUUGAGUUACUUGAAGCAGAGAUUGAGGAAUUGAACCGUCAAGUCGGUAGAAAAUCUGCAAAUGGACAGAAUGAGCUAUUAGAAUUUCUCAAGUCUCUUGAGCCACAAAAUCUGAAGGAGUUGACAAGCAGCGCUGGAGAAGAUGUUGUGUUUGCAAUGAACACAUUCAUUAAGCGUCUUUUAGCCGUUUCAGAUCCUGACCAAAUGAAGGCAAGUGUAACUGAGACAAGUGCACCCGAACUUGCCAAGCUUCUUUAUUGGCUGAUGGUUGUUGGUUACAGCAUUAGGAACAUUGAAGUCCGUUUUGACAUGGAAAGAGUGCUUGGCACUCCUCCAAAGCUUGCAGAGUUGCCUCCAGGAGAAAACAUUUAGUUGCUGGUGGAUAAUUGCAAAUAUACGCAAAUGGCAAAGUUGGUGCAUAUGCUAUAUUAUGAUUUAGGUGGAAAUUUUGUGCAUGCCGUGCAUGGUUGGCUUCUUAUAAUAACUUGAAACUUAUUGAUUACACGAGCCUUUUCCAAAGGAAUUCUAACUUUAAACACAGCUAAGUUGAGGUUUUGGUUGAACAAAGUUACACUGCUGCAAAAUCGUUCUUUCAACAGUUUGAAUGCCCAUCUGCGCUAUUAAGUUAAAAGAUCAAAUUCCUUAUCGACAUCCCUGUGUGUUGUCAAUCACCAAGGAUUUCUAUGUCAUUCGCUUAAUCUUUGCUCCGCUGCCAUUGCUAACAUUAGUUAAUAUCCUUGAAUGGCUCUUGUGAUUUGUCAGUACUUUGCGAGUGGAAGUCCUGCUGCCUCCUCUGAUUGCAAGCAAUUAAAGCCUUGUAGUCCGCCUCAACUCCUAACCAUAAACAUGGUUGCAAGGUGUGAAGAACCUUAGCAUCUUUCAUUCGUCCUAUGCGGACUUGAGCUCAAGCAAGCAAAUGGAAAACCGUUAGAUAUCUACAAUGGCCUCAUUACCGCCUGAUUUGGUGUGUUCUACUGAGCUGGGGCACCCUUGUGAACAGCAAAGCUUUCACGACAUCGAGGGCAGUUUUUGAGAUUGAAUGCUGCAAAAAGAGCUGA